UGUGAAAAAAAAUGUUUGAUACUAUAAUAUAUCAUCAAUGGUUGAGAAUUGAUAAUGGUUGAAGUACCAUUCGUAUCUCAAAUAGCCAUAAUGAUUACCUUAUAACGGUAAAAUUCAAGUAUUUUUUACUAAUAUAAAGUUUUUAAAGUUAUAAAGUAUUCUCUUCAUAUAUUUUUUGAUGAGCUAGUUGAAAUAAAUGUCAUAGAAAUCCACAAUUCAAUCAUGUUCAAAUAUUCUUAUAUUUAUGUUAUUGUAUUUCUGGACUUGAUUAGCAUUAGCCUUAUCAUACCUGUAUGGGGGACACACUUACGUAAUUUAGGCGCUAGUCAUUUUCAUAUAGCCUUAUUAGGGUCUACUUAUUCAUUCCUACAAUUUUUAUCGGGUACACCAGUCGGAGCACUCAGUGAUCGUUAUGGUCGAAAGAUUGUUCUCUUUGUUACAAUAUGUAUUUGUGCUGUAGCUUAUUUCCUUCUAGGUUGCGUAGAAUCAUUUAUCUUAAUUGUAUUAAUACGUAUUAUUCAAGGAUGUUUAAAACAUUCACAACUUUUAUGCAAGACAUUAGUCAAUGAUCAAGUACCACCUGACCAGCAGACUGCAGUUUAUGGCCGAAUGAAUGGAUUUUCUUCGCUCUCUUUUGUUAUUGGCCCCAUAAUUGGUGGUCAUCUUAUGGAAAAAAGUGAAGGAUUUUAUAGCCUAACCUGUUAUACUUCUGUAAUAUUUCUAAUUAAUGCUUUAGUUGUUUGGACUACAGUCCCUAACAUAACUAUAAAAAAAGAAAGAAAAAGCGCUUCGCCAUUUAAUGAUUUAAUGGAAGUCAAUUGGAAGGAAUGUUGGCCUGCUUUUUCUUUAAAAAUGUUAGGGGCUGCAGCAUUGUUUGCAUAUUUUAGUUCAGUUGGGCUUGCAAUGAAUGAAAAGUUUAAUUUAUCUCCAUCGGAAGCUGGUUAUACUGGUGCUUUACAAGGGCUUACUGGUGGAAUAACUGGAUUUACUGCUGGAAAAAUAGAAAAUAUAUUUCCAACUAAAAAUCCAUUUACCAAAUGUUUCUAUUCCUUCAUAUUAUUGGGCUCGGGUUUUAUUGGUUUAACCUUAGCUCCAAAUAUAAUAAUAUUUAUGGCAGCUAUGAUUCCGAUCAGUGCUUCAAGUACACUUAUAAGAGGAUUCAACAAUGAAAUAAUGUAUGAACAAUCGUCAUCUGAUCACAAAGGACUUAUAGCUGGUGCUGGAGCUAGUGCAACUGCAAUAUCAAGAUUUGUAGCUCCUAUAUUGUGUGGAUUUAUCAUGGAUAAGUUUGGAAAUAAUUCUGGUUUUCUGUUAUCUGCUUUAUUUUCAUUUACUGGAGCAUUGUUGUCCAUAUGUUUAGCUAAAAGAUCAAAAUUCCAUGUUGAAUAAAUUAAAAGGUUUUCAUUAAUACCUUCUAAUUAUACCAAAUUAUUUACUAUUUUCAGCUUAUAGUUGAAAAAUAUUAAAUAAAAACAAAGUACUGGGUUUCAAAUAAAAAG